UCACUAAGUCAGCACUGAGGUGUGAUGCAGCCCCUCCGAAACUCUUCAGUCUGAGAGUCGAACACCAGCCAAGCAGCAUGGAGAUCACAGCUCUGUGCACAAUUAUGGCCACUUUGAGUAUCUUUCCCAACAGAUCUCAGUUCUUCAGGUACGAGUCUGUUACACUGAGCUGUGGAGAGCUUAAAAACUCUAACUGGACAAUAAAGAGAAACACGUCAACAAAAACAAAUGAAGAGUGUUCCAAACACUGGGGUGCAAAAAAUGAAUCAAACUGCUUCCUUCAAGAUGCUUACCCAUCAGACAGUGGAUUGUACUGGUGUGACUCUGGAGCUGGAGCCUGCAGUGAAGCUGUCAACAUCACUGUGACUGGAGGCUCUGUGAUCCUGGAGAGUCCGGUCCAUCCUCUGCAGGAGGGCGAUGCUGCAACUCUGUGCUGCAUGGUUAAACAGACUUCUUUUAUCAACCUCCCAGCUGAAUUUUAUAAAGAUGGCCUCCUCAUCAGGAACAGCUCUACAGGAAUCAUGACCAUCCUCAAAGUUUCAAAGUCUGAUGAAGGUUUCUACAAGUGUACCAUCUCUGGUAGCGGAGAAUCACCGGACAGCUGGCUGUCUGUCAAAGCUGGGCGACCCAAAUCUUUUCACUCCCCUCCUAUGUAUGUUGUGCUUCCUGUGGUGGGUGUCUGCCUCUCGCUGGCUGUGGUGUUGGUUGUGCUGGUGCUGCUGUUCUGCCUCUGGAGGAACCACAAAGGUGAAACUGACCCUGAUGUUUCCUACACUGAUGUCACCAUCGUACCGGAAGUGCAGCCAAAGAGUGACAAAGGUAAAAACACAUGCAGAGCUCUUUUCCCACACGUACACAAGAGCCUGAAGCAUAUGUAUGUUAUUUAUAUUACCUCAGUUUUUCCCUUUUGUGGAUAGUUAUAAAGACUUUAUUUGUGCUAUGUUAUCUGGUCAUGAGUGAAACUUCUUUGAUCUUUGAGUCAAGUGUAAACGUAGCGUCUGCAUGAAACUACGACCUCAUUGUUUAAUGACACAAGAGUAUCAGUCGUUAUCAAGGAAGCACACGAACAAGUUUCAUUUUGUUAAUGAUUUAUAGAGUCAGUGGAGUAUCAGCACAUAAUAAGAUACAAACGAUAACUAAACAUAGAAAGAAACAAAUACAGGUGGGUGGCUCACAGGGGGUUCAGAGAGUUCUAAAAAUGUGGUUUCACUUGUGGUCGGGGGGAUAAAAACCAGACAGAGAGCACCCAUGAGUAAUAAAAAUAUCAUCAAAAUCUGUUGUGUUCCCAGAUUGUUGCGUUUAAUGACUUUUGGUUUCUAUUUAAAUGUUACUAUGUUUAGUUUCUCCGGGUUUACUUCUGCCUGGUCUAUGGGCAUUGCUCAUUACAUUCUCCUAUGCUGCUCUCGUUGCAUCUUAGUCCCCCCUACCAUGAGGAGAGACUACUCAUAUUUGAUAUUUAGGGCCCCGAUUUAAAGUCACAAUAUGACACAGUGUGGCAAGAUAGUAUACAGUGCUGUGCAAAAGUCCUGAGCUAACCUAAUUUUUUUAUAUUUGGUUUCCAAGGGGUCAGACUUCC